GUGAACCUCCCGCUGCUGUGCCUCUAGGGACCUGCCGCGACCCUAUCACCUACACACCCACACUGAGAUUCUCCACCUCUCCACAAUCACGCCCACGACCAGGACCAACCAGGAAGGAAGGGGAGCCAGCACAAGUGGUUCCUCUUUGGCAGGACUGAGGGUCUGCUACGAUGAGUAGGCAGUACUCCACUGUGCAGCGGGAUGACGCCAUGAGUGUGCGCACAGAGUUUGGCUGGCCCUCCAGAAAGCGCCGCUAUGUGCGGCAAGAUGGCAGCUGCAACAUGGCAUUCCGCCACAUCCCAGAGGAGUGGGUGCACUACGUGACGGACAUCUUCACCACGCUGAUCGAGACCCGCUGGCGCGUCAUGCUCCUCGUCUUCGCGCUGUCCUACAUCCUGUCCUGGCUCGGAUUCGGGAUCCUCUUCUAUGUCAUCGCACUCGCCCACAAUGACCUCAAGGACCUGGACAAUGAGCCCUGCAUGUACGAGGUGCGCAGCUUUACGGCAGCGUUCCUGUUCUCUCUGGAGACACAGACAACGAUUGGCUACGGCUCACGUGGCAUGUCGGAGACCUGCAUGGUGGCCAUCAUUUUGGUAACCAUCCAGGACGUCCUCUCCGCCUUCAUCGACACCUUCGUUAUCGGUAUCGUUGUGGCCAAGAUGGCGUCAGCGCGGAAACGGGCGCAGACGGUGGGCUUCACGAGCCACGCGGUCGUCAACCUGCGCGACGGACAGCUCUGUCUCUGCUGGCGCGUCGGAGACUUCCGGCACAACCACAUGGUGGAGGGCACCGCUCACGCACAGAUCAUACGGCACACCGUACACACCACCGGCAAGGUGGACGUCACGUAUCAAGACCUGCACAUCCAUGAGAGUAACAUCCUGCUGACCAUCCCCGUCACAGUGAUGCAUAAGAUCGGCCCCGACAGCCCGCUGUACCGCAUGAGCCUAUUUGACCUGCGACGUGACUCCUUCGAGCUGGUGGUGUCCUUCACCUACACGGACGACUCCACGGGAAUACUGCACCAGACGCGCACCUCCUACACGCCCGACGACAUCCUCUGGGGACACGUCUUCCAGGAGAUGAUCCGAGUGUCUCGACGCAACUACAAGGUGGACUAUGCACUCUUCAACCAGACGGGUAAAGUGCAUGUGCCCGAGGUCAGCGCUGAGGAGUACCACCGUGCCAAGCACUCGCCGCGCCUCUCCUCCAGGAACCCCAGCCCCAGCCCACGCCUCUCCUCCAGGAGCCCCAGCCUGCGGCUGGCCAAAGUCAUAGUGCCGCCACCGCCCGAGCUCAAGGUGGAACUGGUGAUCGGGAACGAGAGCGAGACUGAUGACAACAACAAGGCGGGAGGCAGCUCCUCUAGCAUGCUCAAAGUGGAGGAGUAGUGAUGAAUGAAUGAAUGAAUGAAUGAAUGAAUGAAUGAAUUAAUAUAUGGAUGACAAUGUGUCUUCCUCACGAUCACAGAAUGAAAAGGUGGAAGAAUAAUAAUGAGUGCAUGAAUGAAUGAAUGAAUGAAUGAAUGAAUGAAUGAAUGAAUGAAUGAAUGUGUGGAGACAGCCUGCCAAGUGUCUUCCGCAUGAUCAAGGAUUAGGAAACCCAAAACAAAAACUGAGAAUGUAUGAAUAUUUAUCAGUACUGUAACGUGGCUGUUGAUGGGAAAGGGCUUGUGUUUGAUGGGGUUGUUCUGUAUACAGUAGCAGGCAUCUGAUCUACUAUGCAGAAAUCAGAGCCAUCUGUAUAUGGAGAGUUGGGCUAAUCCCAUUGACCUCCGUGUUUCGUUAACAAAACACUUCAGGGAAAGACUGAAGUGUCCUUGAGCAAGGCACCUGACCUCACAUUACUUCAGGGACUAUAACGAAUACCCUGUAUGUGGAUUUGGAUAAAAGCAUCAGCAAAGUGUAAUGUCAUGUAAUGUGGUGUGGAUCCCAUGCCAUCUCCAGCCAUAUUUUCUGUUACAAAUUAUUUGUGUUUAAAAUGAUGUUUGAA